AUGGGCAAACGAAAGCGGACAGAUGCCCCUACUAAUGGGGCCAAAACCAAGGAACUGACUAUUCUUAAGAAACCUAAAACCACCGAGUCGUUACCAGCAGAAAAAGAGAGUUCUUCCCCAUUAACGAUCCAAGUCGUUACGGGAUCUUAUGAUCGAAUUCUUCACGGAUUGACGGCUACUAUCUCGAGCGAUGACCAAGUCGAGUUUGCUGAUACCUUUCUCUUCAAUGCGCACAGCUCCGCGAUACGAUGUAUAGCACUCUCGCCCCCUUCGGCACCAGAAUCGGGCAAGCUGCAGAAGGUCAUGCUGGCCUCGGGUAGCAGCGACGAGCGUAUCAACGUCUAUAACAUCUCGGCGCACCCACCUAGUCGGAAAGAUCAGAACGCCUUAUCCUCCGUCAUGCCUCGAAAGACAUUAGAAAACCCUAAGAAUCGGGAGAUAGGAACACUAUUACACCAUUCAUCUACCAUCACCCAAUUAUCUUUUCCUACGAAAUCCAAGCUCAUCUCCGCCUCCGAAGACUCUACCAUAGCUGUUACAAGGACGAGGGAUUGGUCUUUACUGUCAACUAUCAAAGUCCCCGUACCGAAGCCUCUGGGUCGACCGAGCGGCGAUACGGCGGCGCUAGGUGCGACACCAGCCGGUGUUAAUGAUUUCGCCGUACACCCAAGCAUGAAACUUAUGAUCAGCGUGAGCAGGGGCGAGAGAUCUAUGCGAUUGUGGAAUUUAAUGACAGCCAAGAAAGCCGGCGUACUUAAUUUUAACCGAGAUAUACUACAAGAAGUAGGGGAAGGGAAGCAUUCGCUAGGGGAGGGCAGGAAGGUAGUUUGGGGUAGCACCGAGGACGGCGACGAAUUCUGUGUAGGGUUCGACAGGGACGCACUAGUUCUGGGCAUGGACAGCACACCAAAAUGCAGGGUUAUGCCGGACCCGAGGAAGAAGAUACACGAGCUCUGCUACGUUACGAUAGACGGCGCGAGCGAUUCGUCGCUGCUUGCUGUGUCGACUGAGGACGGGAAAAUCAUGUUCUUCUCUACGAAGAGCCAAGAUCUUAUACCGGGUAAAUCGUCUACGGAAGGAAAGGGAAAGACGGCGUUGCCAGUAGCCAAGUUGAUUGCGGAACUUGGUGGGAAGGAAGCCGGGGUUUCGGGACGUAUUAAAGACUUCAGCAUAGUAAAAGCCCCCGGGAAAGACGGAGCAGGCAAUUUGUUCAUAGCUGCGGGUAGUAGCGACGGAAAGCUUCGAGUCUUCAAGCUCGCCGUCGCGGAGCUUAAGGAGGUUAAGGCAACGAAGACGGUGGGCAAACUGCUCGGCACCUACGAGACUCAGAACAGGAUAACGUGCGUGGAGGCAUUUGCGAUGAUACCCCGGCCGGAGAACAUAGAGGAUAGCGAGGACGAGACGGAGGAUACGUCGGGGGAAGAUGAGAAUGAAGAUGAAAAAGACGAUGAAGAUGAUGACGAGGAUUAA